UUCCAGAGGGCGGCCUGCGGGAGUCCGGGCUCCGACCGGGGAUCUGCGGUAAACCGGGCCGAACGGCAGCUGAUGCUGCGUGGGCGGCUGGUCGGGCGCCUGGUCUCCAUGGCCGGCCGCGUCGGUUUGCCCCUGAGCGGCCCAGGAUCGGGAACCGUCGGUCCUGUGGAAGCUGCCAUUCGCGCCAAACUGGAGCAGGCCUUGAGCCCCGAGGUCCUGGAACUGCGCAAUGAGAGCGCUGGCCACGCAGUCCCACCGGGCAGCGAGACGCAUUUUCGCGUGGCUGUGGUGAGCUCUCGCUUCGAGGGGCUGAGUCCUUUGCAGCGACACCGGCUAGUCCAUGAAGCGCUGUCGGAGGAGCUGGCGGGACAAGUGCACGCACUGGCCAUCCAGGCACGUACCCCCGCCCAGUGGAGGGAUAACCCUGAACUGGACAAGAGCCCCCCUUGCCUGGGUGGAAGCAAGAAAACUCGAGGAACACCCUGAGCCCCUAAAGAGGAGCUGGAUCAGGAUCUGAGCAGGCUGGAUGGGAACAAACUACUGGAGUUUACUUCUCUCCAUUCAAUCAGAUUUAUAAAGGGUGAGGACCCCUGAGCCCUAUUCUACUGGUAUAUCCCUGUUUUCCAGAAAUACAAACUCAUAUCAGACUCUUGACCUGAACUGUUCUCAAAAGGCUGCCCAGUUGUUAAAUAUUUGUGACGAAGGGUCCAACAGUAGGUGUGAUUAGUUAGAGACCGACUUGUACAUUAAAGCAAACUUGUGUGA